UUUGAAAAAUGGUGGGGAUGAUGAAAAGGAUCAAAUUGAAGUGGAAAAGGCUGCCCGAUCUGAAGAGACACCCGGAAAAAACAAAAAUGGCAAAAAAGGACUAAAACGAAAGCUUCAGAAAUUAUGCGUAUGCUUCGGAGAAUCUUCUACCUCCCAUGAUAAACAUCCUUCUUCUGAUGAAGAACAUUCUCGUCCUCCACCGAAGCAAACAAAAAACAUUCAACAGACAGAUGAACAAUACAAAGAAUUAAUUAAUUUAGUGAUUGAAUGUAAAGUAUUUAUUAGAGAUUUACAUUCUGAGGGGGCAGAAGGCUCUUUGAUUGAUAUAUUCUCUUUUAUGAAUAAUCAUUCUGAAAUGAAGGAUUUAAAAAAGAUUUCUGAAUUAUCUAAAAUACAAACUGAAAAAUUGGAUCAAGCUAUUUUCGAAAGAAUUUAUGAGGAACACAAAAAAGAAUCCAAGUCUAAACGAGCAAUUGUGCAGGGUGCUGGUCCAGUCGGUUUAUAUGCUGCCUACAAACUUUUUAUGGAGGGAGUGAAUGUAACUCUAGUAAAUGAUCGUUCCGAGAAGUAUAUACGAAAUCGAGUUGUCUUUUUUGACCGAAAAUGGAUGUCACAAUUACGUUUCUUUUUGGGUACUGAAUUUGAUAAAUUAUUUUUUGACAAACAAAAUGGAGAAAAAUCGUUGGGAAUGAUUCUUGAUGAAGAUAUUGGGUUUGUUAACAUAAAAAAUAUGGAAACUUUUUUGAUGAAUCGGUUAAAAAAUUUAUCAAAAUAUAUAAAUGAGAAAGAAAAGGAAAGAAUAGAUCAGGCAAUUCAACUUGAAAUCACUGAAGAUAUUCAUCAAGACAAUCAACAUGGAAAGUCAUUUUUGAAUUUGAUCUAUAAUACAGCAGUUUUGGACAUAAAUACAAACUAUGAAAAGCCUUUAACCAUCCUAGGCGCUCCAGAGAAGCGUCCUGGAUCCUUUGAUUAUGGUCAUUUAAAGCAAAUAUUAACAAAUUAUGAAGGGAUGAUUGAAUUAGGGGAAACAAUUGGAAUUCCUUUUGAUUUGUUUUUCUGUGCUGGUGGUGCAAGAGACCAAAUACGGACAAAAUUUAUAGAAGAGCCAAAACAGCUAACACAAUCCAUAAACUACGGAGUUGCAAUUUUUGACAAGGUCAAACAUGAUGUGAAAGUUUUUACAGACAAUGCAACUUUCUAUCGCAAUCCAAUGAAAGGCAUGCGACCUCAUUUAAAAAGACAAAAGAUAGACAAAUUGAUAAGUGAUGCUGAUUUCAUUUCUGAACAACUAAAAAAACGUUAUGCCAACAUAAAUAAAUUAAUCAUUCAUGGUAUGGCAGAGGAAAAAUCUCCUAUAAAAGCAGGGGAGGGAGUAACUUUAGUGGAAACAGGCAAAAGAUACGCGGUAAACCAUAAAGGAAACAUUAUAGCGAAAAAUUCGUCCGACGAGCAAAUUGUUGUUCGUCUCUUUGAAUCAAAUCCAACAUUGCAUAUUGCAUCUAUAACGCCUUUAGCACUUGUAGAAUUUAUUGAAGAAUUAAAACUUGAAAGAAAUUUAAAGGAAAAUUCAAAUAAAAUUGAAGAAUUUGACGAUUUACAUGAUAAAUUGCAAAAAAGAUGGGCUAAAGCUCUGUUUGAUUAUACAUUUUCUGUUAGACAUCCGGAGAGAUUUGGACAAGUAGUUAUUGAAGGUGCUGAGUAUACUAGUUCACGUACACUUUAUAAAGGCAAAAAUAUAUCCCAAGUACAGCAAACUCUUAAAUACGACCCUCACAGUGCUAAUACAAGCACUUUUUAUGUUGGAAUUUAUGGAGUUGAAGAACCUGUACGAAAAAUUAGUGGGACAAAAGAUUCAGCAAUUAUUGCCGCUAUAGGUGAUGCAAAUACAAGUGCUCAUUUUAUGACAUCUAGUGGGACUAGUACAGGCAAGUUUUUAUUUUGA